GCUUCCAGUAAGUGCCCUGAAGUCACAGAGAUCUGUUCGAAAUGUCGCCUCAAACAAAGGACGAUGAUAUUAGCCAGAGGGAGGUCGUCAUUCCAGAUUGGGUCAAGCCGGAGGUCUUCAAGGACCUUCUUAAAAAAAACGUCAAGGAUUAUAAGGAGACGAAGUGCAUGAGAGCUAAAGCAGGAGUCGCUGCUGGCGAGAACUAUGCAACUAUAAUGCUCAGAAUCGAGCUGGAUGUGGAGACAACGGAUAAGUCCCAAAAGACCAAGGCAUUCAUGCUAAAGACGCCUCAUCAAUCUGAGCAGUAUCGUAAAAUGAUGGAAAAGACGGAUAUUUUUGAUGUGGAACGUGGAAUGUAUUUGGAAGUGGUUCCCGAACUAGAACAGCUCUAUCGCAAUGUGGGUCUAGAGGUGAAGUUUGGAGCAGAGGCUUACGAUAUAGAAGCCAGUGAUUAUUAUGUCCUUCUAGAGGACCUCCGCCCACGUGGUUUUAAAAAUAUCAAUCGCCUUGAAGGUAUGGACCAGGCCCAUACAGAGAGUGUCCUGAAGAAAUUUGCCCAAUGGCACGCAGCUUCGGCUGUGAGAGUGGAAACAAAGGGUCCAUACAAGGAGAAAUACACCAAGGGUUUCCUUAAAAACGAGGAAAUCGUAGAUGCAUUCUGUACCCGCAGCCUGAAAGUCUUUUUGGAAAACAUCGAGCUGUUCAAAGAUUACCAGACUUAUCUGAAGGAUUUGCAAAUUGCCUCUGCCAAGACAUUGGAAAUUGUGGAAAGCCUGAACAAUCCAGAACCUGAUGACUUCCAAGUGUUGAAUCAUGGAGAUAGUUGGUCCAAUAACAUUAUGUUCCAGUACAAUGAGAGAAACGAAAUACAGGACACUUAUUUCGUCGAUCUUCAAGUGCCCAAGUGGGGCUCAGUGGCUCAGGAUUUGUACUACUUCCUGAUGUCUUCUACAAGUUUAGAUGUAAAAACAUCAAAGUUUGAUUACUUUAUUUGGUUUUACCACUUGGAAUUGGUUAAGCACCUUAAGCUUCUGAAUUACUCAAAGGCACUACCUACUUUGAGAAGUAUUUAUGAUGCUCUCAACAAAUACAGUGGAUGGGGAUUCAUCUGCGCCGCAACUGUAAUGGCAUAUGUUUUGCUGGAUCCCGUAGAUGGAGCUGACUUUGAAAAAGUCCUUGGAGAUGACGAUUCCGGCUUUAAGAAAUCGCUCUAUGUAAAUCCCAGAUUUCAAAAACACAUGGAAGUGCUAUUGCCAUGGCUUCAACAUCGUGGGGCUAUGGAGUAAAAGUUCUGAACACUCACUUUAGAAACUUGUGAUACUAUAACUUUGCACUUAGCUUACAAGCGACAAUAUAUAUUUUAUUCUUUUUGUAAAGAUAGGCACUCAUGUGGCUCAUUAAUAGAUAAGAUAUACGUUUGUAGGCAAUUUUUUAAACUACCUUACAAGGACGUAAUAAAUAAAUAAUUAUUUAUAAUAUAUAUAUAAUUAUACUUUUUAAAAAGAAUAUAAUUAUAAUUAAAAAAAUAAUAAAAAGAUAAUAAUCUAGUCCUUAGUUUUUAAAUUAAAUCAAGUUAGUAAGGUUUAUACAUCAUUUACUCAUCUAUAUUUUCAUCACUUAAGCCCAAAUAUGGAUUUUCAUAUACAUAGAAUUUCCCCGCGUUUGUUUUGGCCUGUACUAUAAUUUUUAAAAAUAAUAUCAAAUUUAUAAAAAUAAUAAAAAGAGAAUAAUAAACUAGUCCUUAGUUUUUAAAUUAAA